GCGCCGCCCGGGCCCACGUGGGCUCGCGGGCGCAGGCGCGGGGAGGAGCCGGAGGGGACGCCGGGAGCAGUUCUCCUGGUACACAAAUGUGAGUCCCCUACCUGGACUGAAAUUACUAGAGAGAAAGGAACUUCUUCACAUGGCUUCGGAAGGAGUGACCAUUACAGUCCGCCUCAUUCGUUCCUUUGAGCAUCGAAACUUCAAGCCUGUAGUUUACCACAAAGUUAAUUUGGACCAAACCGUAAAGGAAUUUAUAGUCUUUCUUAAGCAAGAUGUGCCUGUAAGGACCAGCCUGCCACCUCCAUUCAGAAGUUAUAAAUACGAUAAACUAAAGAUUAUUCAUCAAGCACAUAAAUCAAAGACAAACGAACUUGUGUUGAGUUUGGAGGAUGACGACAGGCUCCUGCUGAAAGAAGACAGCACCCUGAAAGCCGCUGGAAUCGCCAAUGAAACUGAAAUUGCAUUCUUCUGUGAAGAAGAUUACAGGAACUACAAAGCUAAUCCCAGUUCAUCCUGGUGAAAACCUCACGGGUUUCCCUUUUGCAUACCUGUACUAAGCUCCUUAUUCCACUGUGAGUUUUUGAGAUUGACAAAUAAAUUUACAAAAUUAA